GUAAACAGUUUCAAUUUUUGAUUUUAGUGUAUCAAAAUGACACAGAAUAAACCUGUCAAAGUUGGUAAAGGUGUUGAACGGAGGAAAGAUGCAGGAACAUUACCGACAAAGGUGGUAAUAAGAAGAUUACCCCCAAGUCUUACCCCCGAGUCUCUGAUUGAACAGAUUUCACCUUUACCUGAACAUGAUUUCUUCUACUUUGUAAAGGCUGACAUGAGCCUUGGAAGUAAUGCAUUUUCCAGAGCCUAUCUCAACUUUUCAAAUCCAUCGGAAAUCUUCAUCUUCAGAGAUAAGUUUGAUGGCUAUGUGUUCAUUGACAGCAAAGGAAACGAGUAUCCUGCAAUUGUGGAAUUUGCUCCAUUCCAGAAAGUUCCAAAAAGAAAAUCAAAGAAACCUGAUUUGAAGAAGGGAACAUUAGAACAAGAUGCAGAUUAUGUAAAAUUCAAAGAGUGGCUAGAAUCCCCUGAAAAUGAAGAUGCUAAAACUAUUGAUGAGUAUCUGGAGGAACUUGAGGCCAAAGAGAGGGAAAUGAAAUCAAACCAUGGCUGCGUGAAAACUUCAACACCUUUAAUUGAGUAUCUGAAGAAACGUAAAGAAGAGAAAAGGGCAAAUAUUUUAAAAAUUCAAGAAGAACGUAAAAGACGAGAACAAGAAAAACGCAGGCAAAGAGAGGAAGAAAGGAGGAGGAGAAGGGAGAGGGAGAGAGAGAAGGACAGAGAAAAAGACAAGGAUAGGGCACGGGAUAAAGAUAAGGAUAAGCCUCCCAGUAUUGAUUUAUCUGUGAAGUUGUUGAAAAAUCCUGACAGAGAAGAAAAACAAGACAAAGUGCCAUCAUCAGGUAGGGGUGAUGUCAAGUCAGCCAAAGAUGAGGACAUCAAAAGAAAGGAAAGAGAAAAGCUGCGCUUCUCUAAAGAAAACAGAGAGAAAAUGAAGAAUGAGAAAUCUGCAGCAAAUCAAGACCGUCCAAAAUCUGGAAGAGAUUCAGGAAGGGGAUUUGGCAGGGAAGAUCGUGCUGAGAGUAGAAAAGAUAGGCAAGAGUCAGAUAGACGGCCAGAAUCGGGAAAAAGACUGGACAAGACUGGCAGAGAAGACAAGAAGUAUGGAAGAGAUCGAAACUGGGACAAAGAUAGAGAGAGUGAGAGGGAUAGACAAAGAGAAAAGAGGAAUAAUGAAAGAGGGGGCAGUGCAAAGAAAGAUACUGAGAGGAAAACUUCAGUGAAAGGAGAGGACACAAGUCUCAAAGACAAGAAGGAAACUGAUGAUACUAAAUCCUCCUCCACCUCAAAAGAAUCAGAGGACAAGGAUACUACAAAAGAGAGGAAAACCUCUGCAGCCAGCAAAGAGGGAGAAGUGCUGGAUGAUGUAGAGAGCUCCAAGAGUACGUCCAGCAGAAGAGGAAGUCGUGAAGGGGAGAAACAGAUGGCAAUAGUGGAUAUCGACUCCAGUGACACAAAAUCAGAAAUCUCAGUGGACUCAGCAGGGGAGGAUAGUAAAUCUAAAAGCAAAAAGCUCGAGAAAUCUCGAAGUCGAGAUGAUUUAGAGGACAAGAAGAAGAAAAGAAGGGACAGGCCCGAGCGAGAAAUUUAUGACCCCAGAAAGGCAGCAGAAAGAAGGAGAGCAGCAGGGGAGCCUAGACAAAAAGAUGAUAGAGAAAAGCCAAGAAAGCAGAGUUCAGAUGACAGGUCAGGGGAGAAAACUCCUCGCACAUCACCUAGGGACUCCCAGGAGAAAACAGAAUCAAGACCAAGCUCUGGAGAAGGAGGUCCCAAAAAGGAUGCAGAAACAAGAGAUAAAGCAAAAGGAUCCUCCCCAGAGAUUCCUGAAUCCAAUAUCACAGAAGUGAGGGAGGAAAAGAAUCGCAGUAACAAUGCUUCCAAUGAGAGUGCACAAAAGGUAGAUAAUGAGGAAGAUAUUGGAUCCUCUGUGGAUCCAGUGAAGGUUGAGGAGAAAUGCAGCAAGAAGGAACCUCCUGUUGAUCCCGAGGAACCAGAGGAGCAGAUGGCUGCUGAGGCAGAAAUGACAGCACCAGAGGAUAAUAUUGUUGAGGAUGAAUUAUCUGUUGAUUGAAUGCUUGAUGAUGCAGUGUUGAAGUACAUAUUAAGUUGAUUGGAUUUGAUGUUAAAAAUGAAGACUGAAAUAGGUGUUGCUGUCAGAGAGGUCAAGGAUAUGAAUUUAUUUCAAUACAGCAAUAGAGAGUUAAAGGUCAAUUAUAGUGACAGAAUUCAACGUCUGAUAGAAUUCAAUAUCUGAUCUAUUUAUAGUAAUUUUAAAUGAGAAAUGGGUCUAUUGCUACAUUUCUUGUAAUGUCCAACUAAUUCAUAAUGAUUUUCAUCAGAAAAAAAGUGCUUUCUUUGAUUUGAUUUUUACCCCUUGAGUUUUGAUUGUUUUAAGCAAGAGGUACAAUUAAUUGGGUAUUCUCUGAACGUAAAUUAAAUGAUUAAACAAAAGAGGGGAAGUCAAUAUGUCAUGUUGUAUCAAUUUUAACAUUAACAAACAUUAAAGAUCAUCAAUAAAC